UCGUGAAACCAACGUGGCUUUCGUACAAAGUCUAAACGCGAAUUGUGCUAGCCUAUCUGGCAACGCCCCACACACCAAAAGAAAGCAAGCUUCCGCGAUUGUCUUUGUCGUUUAUGUAACGUAUGUUUAUUACGAAUAAAUAUGUACAUGUGUAUAUGAGUUGGGCGCGCAAGAGGACAUUGAACCUUUGCAAGAAUAAAAUGGAUCGGUAGAGCCAAAGGUGAGCGACGGGAACUGGUUCGUUUAGCUUUUAGCCUGCUGUGCUAACAUUAGCAUGCUAGUUCAGCCCACCUCAACAGUCACUCACUUUUCAAAGGGUUCCCUUUUUUGGCGAAUGUUUACUGAUUUAGAAACACAUACCAACCAUCUAAUUGAUUAAAGCCUCGUGAUAUAUAUUUUUUCAUCGCAACGCGUACGGAGUUCACUUAACCUAAUUUUAGUGGCACCGUGUUGUAUUGAUUAUAGAGUCAUGGGUGGUGCUUAUUGAAGAAGACACACCACCUGCAACGCUUCUAAAGAUAUAGUUAGAUGAUGAUAGCUCAGAAACGUGAAAGAGUUCUUCAUAUAGAUCAUAAACCGAACGUAAAGGCGGUGUUAAGUCCGUUUCGAACGUGACCAGAUGUAUAAUAAGAUAUAAUUGUGUGGAGCAGCCUUAAACAUAAGUAUUGUGGUAGUCCUGUCUAUUAACAGUAAGGUAUUUACUGUAUGUAUGCACAGACAACGGCGUCACGUUCACAGAUAAAUGAUGCUGUGUGUAAAGCCAAAGAGGUGGUGGAGGCCUUCCCAAGGUCCAUUUGGGGCCAGGAAAAGAAUGCACCGCGGCAUGGAUAAGGACUACCAGAUCUCCGCACGGAAGAUGGGAACGUCCUUGCUCUUCCAGCUGUCUGCUCACGAUAGGGAGCUGGACUUGGUGUGUCUGGAUCACAGCUAUGCCAAACCGUGGAAUGCUCACCCGGAUGCUAGCAGCGCGCGGCCUACAAGAACACUGUUUGUCACUCCUCGACGCCAGCCUGAAGUCUCACAAGAAUCAGAGUCUUUAAUCGAUGUGGAAACAGUCACACCCACACCAGUUCCCCUGUAUGACAACCACAAAGCUCAGAGUGUGAUGAAGGAAUGCGAGCGGCAUGUCCUGUUUGCUCGCACUGUUGCAGACAGUCCCCCUACUCCUGAUGAUUGGGAGGAACAUAUAAACAAGACUAUGUGGUCCAGCGCGCAGACUAAACUCUUCAACAAAGUCCUGAAAGCACUUCAGGCGGAAAGAUUAGCCCGCUUGGCCAAUGAAAAUACAUCGAAUGAGCCAAUAUUGCGCAGGAUUGCAGUAGACAAAUGUGCCAGAAAGGUGCGGCACGCCUUAGCUAGUGUGAACUGGGAAACCAAGCUGACGCAGUGGUUGCACACUACUCUGAUUGAAUCGCUGAGUCUUGCCAUGCUUGCUGCCUACUUGGAUGUUUUGCAGACUCUUAAAAGCAAGUUGCCAUCGCUGAUCGACAGGAUGUUGCUUCCUGCAGCGAAGACAGGUUCUCCAAGUGCUGAGGCCCUCUCGCUGCUUCUGAAGCGACCGUGGGACCCAGCUGUUGGAGUUCUGUCACAAAACAAACCGAGCAAGCUUCCUGGAUCGCCUCUCAUCCUAAUAGCACCAUCAAGCCCGACGAAUCCAGCCAUGUCGACAUCACGAAGGAUGAGAUUCUGGCAGUCGCAGCUCUCCUGUUUCGGCAAGGUCAUCCCAAUACACACUCAUAUCAGCAGUGGCGCCAAUAUCGGAAUAACACAGUGUCUGGAGCACAUGCUGGGAACAGUUCGAGCAAAGGUCAUUGAGGUUCACAGGCACUUCCCUCGGAAACCCAUCAUCUUGGUUGGUUGGAAUACUGGCGCUCUCAUAGUUUGUCAUGUUUCCUUAAUGGAGUACCUGACGGCUGUCGUUUGUCUGGGCUUCCCUUUACUUACAAUCAAUGGUCCAAGAGGGGAUGUUGAUGACCCGCUGCUAGACAUGAAGACCCCAGUAUUGUUCGUUGUUGGUCAGAAUGCGCUGCAGUGUAGUAUUGAAGGAAUGGAAGAAUUCCGAGAGAAACUGAGAACUGAUAAUAGCAUGGUGGUGGUGGGCGGAGCUGACGAUAACAUCAGAAUCAAUUCUGCAAAAAUGAAGUCAGAGGGACUGACACAGACGAUGGUUGACCGUUGCAUUCAGGAUGAGAUUGCUGACUUCUUGUCUGGUGUCCUCACACGGGCCGAUAGCCACAGCCAUGGUUCAGGAGAGACAAGGGACAUAGACACAGAGAAGAAAAGGAGGCCGCGACGGGAGCUCCCCUUUGACAUGGAACGAGGACGGCCUUCCUCUCCUGCACUUAGACACCCCAUCUCACCAUCAGGCUCAGAGGAUUUGUCCAGUGUCUGCAGUAGCCCCACUUCAAGUCCUAAACCCAAGACGGGUCUGUCUCCAGCGCAGAAGUCCAGUCUGAUUACAGCCACACAACUCUUAAAGACCCACAUGCAACGCUCCGGCACAGUGCUUUCACACAAGCAGGCGCAAGUAACAAGUGAUCAGAUGGAGUCCUUGGACAGAGAUGAACUGAGGGCUCGUGGCAAGAGGCGGCUAACCCCAAGUCCCACCCCAGGAAAAGCCUCAAAACGGGCCAAGAUCAAGGUCACAAUUGUUUCCCAAAAUGAGUCAACGGGGGCUGCCAUCAACCCAGCUGCACACCAGGUGGGUGUUUCUGGAAAGCCUUUGGCAGUAACAAUGGGACAGACUGUGGCCGGGGCCAUGGAGCUCUCCGGACUUCUCACAGGCCAGCGGUCUGGUAGUCUCUCAGAGGUGUCUGGUGCCCUGUCCCCAGGCUCCAGCUCCUUCAGCAACGUGCAGCCUUGCAUGGUGUCAGGGUCGUCCGCACCAAUCCAGGUGCAAGCGCCGGCUACUGCCCAAGCUCCUUCCGCCAGCAGUCUUUUACAAGGCCUAAGUUUCAGUCUUCAGGAGAUCGGCACCAAGGCACCUAGCUUGCCCUCAGCGGAAGCCUCCUCUGGAAGCCCACAGGCAUUCUGCGGCAAGCCGCAGGGUCAAGUCCUGAGCGCGGUCUCCAGCACUAGCAGCAGCAGCAACAGUACUCUGCUUCGCGCAUUGCCUGUGGUCACUGCGGGGGGUGUGGCCAAGACAAACGCUAUCCACCAGCUGCUCACAAAUGGCGGACUGGCCAAACUCGCCAGCAGUUUGCCAGGCUUGGCCCACAUCACCAACCAGACCGCCGGGCAGAAAGCCCCCACAUCCAUAACAGUGAUGCUUCGGGGAGCGCAGCCUGCAAGCAGAGCGGCAUCACUUAGCCAAACUGGCGAUGUGACGCCAGCUCAGAACACUGAGUAAGAAAUUGGCCGAAACGGUCCGUGCUCCCCACGGUGACCCCGGUCCCCCACAUGGAACCCGCACGCAUAUGUGAGAGAGCCCUGCAGCUCAGCUAUCACGUGCAUAUGGUUUACUCUACUAGCUUCACUUGUGCUUCCAGUAACAUGACUUUACAAGUGGACAUUUGCGCUGUUGGAGACCUUAAUCUACACUAGAAUUUAGUGUUAGGUUAACUGUAAUGUUGGUUGAGUACACCUCAUGUUCUUGUUUAUUCAUUUACCUAUAUCCAUUCCACAUUCCAGAUAAUUAAAUUCGGUAUUGCACAUUUUGGGUUAACCCUUUAAAGAAAAGAUGUAGAGACAGAUUUCCUGAGCGAAAUAUGGGCGGCGCCAACUUGGAAAAUUUCUGCUCCGAACUUCGGUUUAAAAAAAACCUCGUAAGUUGAGGUUGAAGUUAGCAGUGUGUUGCCGAAGUUAAAACUGCUAAAUCAAGCCAGAGGAACCCACAGAAUCACCAAAAAUGGAUUCAGCACGACGUAGAGGAGACGUAGAUGAAAUUGUAUGAUUGUUCUUAUCACUUCGUUGAUCAUUCGUGGACAAAAAUAUAACAACCUGUCAGCCUGUGUUGACUUGAGGUAUAGAUUGAUACGCCGGCCACUUGAGUGACCAAAAUGAGGUAAAACUAAAAAUUAUAUUACAUUUUCCAAAUGCAGAAGGGCUGACACGGAUUUUGUUGUUACAAGGAAAUACUACAAGGUAUGUACAUAUAAACAAAAAUACUAUGUCAUUCUUUUUUAUUGCAGAUAUUAAUCGCAAUAAAA